CUGAGUCUUUCACAAGCUUCCCAUAGAUCUCAACAAACCCGCCCCCCUCUCUCUCUGCUUUCCCAUGUUUUCUUUUCUGAGUUUUUGAUCUCUAGCUAGCUCAAAAAUUAGCCAAGCGAAGAUAUGAAGAAGAUCAGUUUGCUAUUAAGGAAGUGCAAGAGCUUGUCAAGCCAGCUAGGGAGAUCUUCAUCGUAUAACAGUCUACGAUCCAAAUCGACUAGAGAAGAUUUGUAUGAUGGCAACAUCAUAAAUGAGAAUCAUCAGCAAACUACUAUAUUUGUUGGAAGCACCAGAAAGCGUUACGUGAUCAGCUCCAAGUACCUGAAGCAUCCUGUGUUGAAUGCUUUGAUCGAGAAGUCAUCGAAUAAGCGAAAUAACAAUCGAGGAGAUGAUCAUGAUCAUGAGGAUAUCUUGGUGAAGUGUGAGGUGGUUCUCUUUGAUCACUUGUUAUGGAUGCUGGAAAAUGGAGAUCCAAGCUUUGGUGGUACUUCAGAGUCUUUGGAGGAACUGGCUGCACUCUAUGAGUUCUAAUGUUGAUUGAAUAGAAUUGAUCAAGUUAGUUUUGAGACUGCGUCAAUUAAUUGGAACCUGUUUAAUGGUUUGGUUUCUCUUUAUGAUGCUAUUACUGAUUCUGUUUAGUUAGGCAUUCUUGUUCCGAGUUCUAACCCAUUGUGUUUAAUUUGAUAUUGGAUCAUGUGCUAGUGUGAUCAACUGAUCAUAUUUGUGGUUAACUAGUGGGGUUGCACUCUAUGAUAUUUCUUAAUGAUUUCUUAAAUACAAAAUCGUGUGUUAAUGUAUU